CGACACUGAACUAGUGCCCAGAAAAAAUGCUACCUCUGUUAUUUGGCAAUAUUUUGGCUUCAGGAUAUCAGACACUGAGCAGAGAGAGGUACUGUGCAGAAUUUGCAAAACUAAAGUUGCUACAUCUCGUGGCAACACGACAAAUUUAUAUCAGCACCUGAAACAACACAGAGAAAAGUAUGAUGAAUGCAUGACGGUAAAAGCCAAGAGUAGUAAAGAGACCGAACAAAACAAAGCACAACCUGCGAGCAGAACAAAACAACACAUAAUUACAGAUGUGUUUGCGAGUGUCACGCCAUAUGACAAGACAUCGCAAAGAUAUAAAGAAAUCACUGACUCCAUCACGCACUGCUUGGCAAAAGACAUGAUGCCCAUAUACACCGUUAGCAAAGAGGGAUUUCAGAAAAUGAUUCGCACAUUGGACAAGAGAUACCAGCUGCCCUCGCGAAACUAUUUCUCUCAAGUUGCAAUACCUGAGCUUUACAAUAAGUGCCGUAGCGAGGUUCAACUAGAAAUAUCUACGGUGAAAUUCUUUUCAACCACUACGGACCUUUGGUCAAGCAGGACGACGGAGCCAUAUAUUAGCCUAACUGUACACUUUGUCGACGAGGAGUUUGAACUGAAAAGCCGUUGCCUGCAAACAUCCUAUUUCCCUGACGACCACACGGGAGAGAACAUAGCCGCGGGUUUGAGAGAGGCACUGGCUGCAUGGGACCUCUGUGAGAAUGCUCAGGUCGCUGUCACUACAGACAACGGCAGUAACAUCGUCAAAGCGGUGGCGCUUAAUCACUGGAUUAGGUUCCAGUGCUUUGGGCAUAGACUUCAUCUGGCCAUCGAAAAUGCGCUGAAAGAUAAUGCACAAUGCAUUAGCAGGGCUACUGGGAUAUGUAGAAAGAUUGUGGGCCACUUCUCCCAUAGCUGGAAGAAAUGA